ACGGAUACCCACUCGUAGUCUUCUAGUCCAGUCACCAGAGGCUUCCGCAUCAUGCCAAGUGGAAUCGCAGCAUACUUGAUGCGCCGGCGCUGUUUCUGGGAAUGUUUUUGUGGCUUCGCGCACGAACAUCCCACUCCAGUACAAUUUGUCACUUCGGCAAUUGGCCAUACACAGGUUGUUUGUCACUUUCAAGACCACUGCUGCAGAUUUUCCAUCAACCUUAACAAAACACGACAUACGGCGCUGCUCGAAUCAUCGUAUGGUGACUUCCCAACACAAGGAGAUAUUCCCAAUAUUGUGCUAUUACUUACCGCAUUUCGAGCUAUUAGUGCCAGUCUACCAUCUGGCCAUGCUGAGAUCGCGUCAUACUUCGUUAAUUAUCUUGGUUCACACUCGUCGAUGCACUCGCGGCCAUCUAUCAUAAAUCAAAGCCUAUCGCCCUCCUUCAUCCGUGAAGUGGCGGGAAAUCGCUGUCGUUCUAGUACGAAAACUCUAAACCCAAGACCAAAAGAUAUACUACUUGGUCGUGCACGACAACUAAUUAAAUAUGACACCGAUGCGCCGCCGCACACACAUUUCUCAAUCUCGAAAGUUGAGCAAGGACAUAUGCAUGCACUCGCAGCCGGCAUAGGUAUCAGUCGUUAUGAUGCGAUGGGACUUACUGAAGAAUGUGACGGCUGUGGUAAGUGGUUUAUGGCGAGCGCUUUGAGAGGGCACAUUGUGAGGGGAUGCAACGAAAGGUAGUGCCACAUACGCUGGGUUAUAUUUAUCGAGGUCCUUUGUGAAGUACAGCAUAGUUUGAUGUACUUUGUGGGCGCUCUUGUGCAGUUGUGUGAGUAGUGAGAACGAGAGCUUGGUCGGUUUUUCGGGCAGAAGCCCCGAAG